AUUAAUGUCUUCAAAGUCCUCUACUUCAUCUGAAGAAGAUGAAAACUUUAUUAAAGAUGUUGAAGAUCAAAAAGUGUUGGAAGUUCUGACAUCUCACUCAAAAUUUAAAAGUCUCGAUGAUUUAGUGGAACUUCGUUGGUAUUGUAUGCUUGUACUGAUCAUGGCAGAAAUUACUGCUUUCACUGCGUUAGCCAGUGUCAUGGUGAUGGUAUUUGCAGGAGCAAACCCAACAGUUGUCGGAUGUGACAACACCGUUGUAAACGGGUGUCAUGAGUAUUAUUCUCUCAAAAAUCGUUCGGGAUGUACACCAGUUCUUGAAUAUCAAUUUGAAUCAGUACAAGUUGAGUUUAAUUACAUUUGUGAUGACGCCAAAAAAGUGAAGAACACAAUCACAAUUCAAACAUUUGGAGUAUUGGUUGGUGCUGCUAUAUUUGGACAAGUAUCUGACAAUUUCGGAAGAAGAAAAGCUCUAAUUAUCUCAUGUAUUGGAAAUGCAAUUUUCAAUCUGAUAUCUUCCUACUCGCCAAGUUUAUUCUACUUCAUGCUAUGGCGCACUGUUUCAGGAAUUUUCGCAGGAGGUCUUACUGUAGUUCAAAUGGUGUACAUGGUUGAAAAUAUUCCCAGACAUCAUCGUAUGUGGAUUCAGAACUCUAUUACCUGGUCACCCAACUUGAUAAUUUUCCCGUAUAUUGCAUACUUGGCACAGAAUUGGAGAACACUUUCAGUUGUUAUUUCAGCCACUUCUGUUCUUUCAUUUUUGGCAUUGAUGCUCCUCGAAGAAUCGCCUCGUUGGCUCGUUCAGAAGGGAAAACUCGAAGAAGCACGUAGAUUGCUGAUCAAAAUUCGAAAAACCGACGGUCUCUACACAUCAGAUUUCGAAAAAGAUCUCGACGAAGUUCUAAAAAUUGAAGCGGAAAAGCAAGUGAUCAGCUCAAAAAAAUCGAAGAAAUACACGUUUAUUCAUUUGUUCUGUACAUGGAAAAUGAUUGCACAGACAAUGACAUUUAUUGUUGGAAUUAUCUGCACAAAUUUCAUCGUCUACGCACUAUUGUACAAUAUGGAAAAGUUGUCAGGAUCACUGUACUGGAACAGUGCGAUUAUUGGGGCCGCUCGCUGGGUAGUCAACAUUGUUGUGAGCAUUGCUGAUUAUCAGCUCCCAUGGUUUGGACGUCGGUUGAUUAAUCAUAUAUCAAUGAUAUUCACAUUAGCCAGUUUGGCAAUUGUUGCCGGAUAUGUUUACAUUGGAAAUGGUGGAUAUGUUGUUGCAAUUGGAACUACUGUAGCUCUUGCUAUGUGCUCACAACUUUUCAUUGCAAAAUAUUUGAUGGUUAAUGAGCUGUAUCCAACGGCUGUAAGAAAUUUGGCAGUAUCUGCUGUUUCAACAAUGAGCAGAGUUGGAGGAAUGUUUUCACCACAGUUGUUUUACUUGAGUGACAUAGCUGAGUGGAUCCCGUACGCAGUUCUAGUUGGAUUCCAACUUGUUGACCUAGUCUUGUUCUGUAUAACAAUUCCAGAAACAAAAGGAGUUCAUUUGGAAAAUCAUCUACCUCCAGAGCAUAAGCGAAUUUUUGGAAAACGAUCUUAAAAAGCUUUAAUUUUUGCAUUCAGUUGUUUUUUCUUUUGAAACUUGUUUUGAAUACUGUUUAAUAAUAAUCCUACAAUGAAUAAAUUUUCUAGAAAUAUUG